UCUCUGAAUAAUCUCUCUGGUUCUUAUCAAUCACGUAAAACAAUCCUCUAAAGCAUCAUAAGAAUGAAGGCAUGGCAAUAUGAUGAAUACGGCAGUGUUGAUGUACUGAAGUUGGCGACCGAUGUAGCGAUUCCUGAAAUCAACGAUGAUCAGGUGUUGCUUAAGGUCGUUGCUGCUGCUCUGAACCCUGUCGAUUACAAAAGGAGACAUGGAUACUUUAAGGCUACCGAUUCUCCUCUUCCGAUUAUUCCAGGAUACGACGUCGCAGGGGUAGUUGUGAAGGUUGGAAGCGAGGUAAAAGGACUGAAAGAAGGAGAUGAAGUGUAUGGAGAUGUAAACGAGAAAGCUCUGGAUGGACCUAAACAGUUUGGAACUUUAGCUGAAUACGUUGCUGUUGAAGAGAGAUUGUUGGCUUUGAAACCUAAAAAAUUGGAAUUUGUAGAAGCUGCUGCUCUUCCUCUUGCAAUUGAAACUGCAUAUGAAGGUUUAGAAAGAGCCAAUUUCACUCAAGGUCAAUCGAUCCUUGUUCUCAAUGGUGCUGGUGGUGUUGGAUCCUUCGUAAUUCAGCUGGCAAAACACGUGUUUGGGGCUUCAAAAGUAGCUGCCACAUCUAGUACAACAAAACUCGAAUUACUUAAAAGUUUAGGCGCUGAUAUAGCCAUCGAUUACACAAAACAAAACUUCGAAGAUCUCCCUGAUAAAUACGAUGUUGUCUAUGAGGGACAAGUGGAGAAAGCUGUGAAGGCGAUUAAGGAAGGUGGUAGUGUAGUGUCCAUAGUGUCCAUAACCGGUUCUAUUCCACCACCGGGAUUUAGCUUUGUGCUCACGUCUAAUGGAUCCAUUUUAACAAAACUAAGCCCUUAUUUAGAAAGUGGAAAAGUGAAACCGGUUCUUGACCCUAAAACACCAUUUUCGUUUGAAAGUGUUAAGGAGGCUUACACUUAUCUUGAGAGCCAUCGUGCCAUUGGAAAGAUAGUUAUAUACCCGAUGCCAUGAGUGUAAUUAGUAUAUAUUUUUGUGUUAUAUAAUAUCAAUAAAUAGUGUGGGUUACUUGGUGCUUGUGUUAA